AUGGGUGAGAUGGACCAUCACUUGCAUGGCCAUGGGAAAAGAUAUUCUCAUCCACCACGCCUGGGAGAUUCGAUUGGCACACCGGCUAGAGUACCACCUUCUGCGACAACUUCGCAACAGCCAUCUUCGCGCCUGUUUCAAAUCGCGUUACAAGCCACUGUAGCCAAUGCUGAUGCAGCUCGUGCAGAGAGUGAAGAGCUGAAAACCAAUCUUGAAAAGAAGAAGCCUUCACAGGGGACGCAAGCGCACCGAUCAGUACAUCUGACUCCUCAACAGUGGCAAUUGUUGACCGACUACCAUGAACACGAUUUGUUUAUACGAACUCGUAGCUGGGGAUUCUGUCUGGCAAUUUUUGGAGUCGGAGUAGCCGUCUUCGGAAUGGGAAGUCCGGCCUGGAAAUGGAUUGGUGAUAAGAUGCACACAUCCGUCAUUUGUUUCCUCGGAUGCGGCUGUCUUUUUGGCUUUCUUGGAAUCGGUUUGGCUGUGACCGGGGCCUGCCGCAGUGCCUUAAUCAUCCGAAUGUACUAUUAUCAUUCGGCCGGGGAAUGCUUUCUUGUGUCUGGUAUUGCUACCGGUGGGUCACUCAUUCUGUAUCCGUUCACGGCCAGCAAUUGUAUUCGGAAUCUCGUCGAGCAUGGGGUUAUUGAAUGGACCCAACUGGAAGCCUUGGAGCGGAUACCUAAGAGAUUCGCCUACAACUACUACUUAAAUUGGUGUGCCUCUUGCUUCUUUUUAGCCUCAUUUGUGUGUAUGAACCUGGAUAUUUUAAUCCAAUCAUGUGUUCGACCAAAGCCGUGUCUUUCGGCUACCUGGUACCAUUUCAGACAAUGUUGGAUUCGAUUCAGGACUGGUCGUUCGAAAGAGACCCAGAUAACACCGGCUAAUUCACCACGUUCAGUCAAUUGUUCUACGCAUACAAACCACUCAAAUUCAGUAACCCUAUCCUCCAAUAAUAUCGAUAGCAACCCUAAGAAUUUUGAUACUCUGCUGAAUACGAUCAGGACCGACGAUGGUAUCAUUGGACGGAUCGGCACAGAUGCAAAUGAGGACAGGCAGUCAAGAAGUUGUGAUCAUUUCGUUUGGAAAUCCAAAGACGAGGAAGCGUAUCUGGAAGAGACGGACGAUGGGGAAUGGAUCUAG